AUGAAGGAUUCCAAUCAAGAACAAGAAUCGAUGAGUUAUGAUCAUGAUCCACCCUCUUCAUCACAAUUUCAAUUAGAUUCAUUAAAUGAUUAUUCUGAUUUAUUAGCUCAAUCGGCUACUUCUUUUUUAAACCAACAACAAACUAAUACUACUAUCAUCAAUCUUUCUGAAUUAUCUUCUUUAAUCGAUUUGAAUUCAGCUACUCCGCUACCUUUGAAUCCUAAAUCGAAAUCGACUACUACCACUUCAAGAGGAAGAUCGAAUUCUAUCAAAUCUAUUCAUGACCAUCAUCAAAACUUACCUAAUCUGAUGGAUCAUUCAAUCUCUUCGUUUGACUAUCAAUCUAAAAUACCAGAUUCAUGUCGAACUCCAUCUCAUUCACCACCUCCAAUCAUCAAUAAUAUCCUAUCAACUCCAGCUGCUAUUGCUGCAAUGUCACCUUUAUCUUCUCGUACUCAUUCUCCUCUGACUACCUUAACUCGAACGCGUUCAACCGAUUUUUCACAUCUUCGUAACACGCCACCUAAACCAACCACAUCUCUUUUCCCAAGAUCUAAAUCUUCAACUGCUAUUCGAUCAUCUCUUUCUCAUAACCCUGCACUUGAUUCAGAUCCAUCUAAUCCUGAACCAGAUUCGAUUCCGAUCAUCAAAUCUAUCUUACGAAGGCCUAAUAGUCCAAGUAAAGGAUCUCGUGCUAGAUUCUUUAGUCCACGCGUUUUGGUUCAAGUGGAUGAUCAAGUCGGUAAUGAAUCAGACUUGGUAGAUGAUCAGGGUCACUUUAGAGCUCGUGAAGUGGUUCAUGAGUUUGAAGUAGACGCUCCACCUAGUUCUCGUAACUCUUCUAGAACCGAACCUCCAAAUCGAUCACCUACUCAUCAAAACAUACCAUCUUCGACUACCGGAAUACGAAGGCCACAUAUACCUCGCUUCACUAUACCUGAACCUGCUGAACUAGAUAUCGAACCCAUCUUACCGCGUCUUUCAACUUCUCCUUCACCUUCUCCGCCAUCUUUACCAUCAGCUGUCUUUCCCAAUCCAUCUCGAACUGGACUCUCUAAAAGCGAUGGAUCAACUUCCAUUGUAGAAUGUUCAAGCUCUCUCUUUGGAUCUGAAAACCUUUCGAACAUCAUGGAUGAAAGUGGUGGAUUUUUAGGUGAUGAUACGACGUGGGGUGCUUUUGAGCGUUCACAAAAUACUGAAAGAUCAAUUGAUUUGAAUCAUGUGGCUAUGAUGGAAGUCUUGGGUAAUAAAUCUUCAUUACUCGGAAAAAGAAGUACCUCUUCUUCUUCUAGAAAACCUUUGACGGGUUCACAGUUUGAAGUUCUUCAGGAAACUGAAGAAGAAGCAUCGGUGGAUAUGAAUGAGUUUAUGCGAAAGAUGAAUGGGGCUCAUGAAAGCUCAAUGGAUCAAGCUUUGAGGGAUGAGCCUGUUCCUGAGAAUAUGCAAAUCUCACAAGACUUUUCUACAACGUUUGAAAUGUCUCGAAUGAUUCCUCUCAACCUUGCACCACUACCUACCAAUCAAGAAUCGCGUGGCGGUUCAAUGCCUCAUGAACACAGUGAUCGUGCACCAGCUAUCACAUCCCCUACUCGAACCAUUCGACAAAAGGCAAGCAUAGCACACCCACCAUCCACCCCAAGCAGCGCACUUGCUCGAUUGAAUUUAGUCCAACAGUCAAAGAAAGAUAUACCUGCCUCUCCUAGUAGGUCACCCAAGAAAAAAGCGAGCACAACUCCAAGUUGUACGCCAGUAGACGAAAACAAAAAACCAGUGCUGCUUGAGUUUAUGAAGACCCGUUCAUCUGAUCUGAACACUCCUCAAGUCUUAUCUAAACCGAUAGUUUCUAAACGAGUGUCACUCUCGAUUCCACCACCUGAAUUGAAAAAGCGUGAUUUUGGUACCCGACUCAAUGGCACUGGAGUUUCUCGACGAAACUCAGAGAUCGGUCCACCUACCUCUGCACCAGCCACAGUAACAACGAUAGUGGUUCCUAAACGACCUAGACCAUCAUCUACGAUCAUUCCUUCCCAAGCAGAGUUCGAUUCUAGUCUGAUGCCACCCCCAGCAUUACCAUUAAAAAAACGAGUUUCACUUCUUCCGCCUGGAAAGACGAGUGGGAUCGGAUUAGGACUUCCUUCCUCUUCUUCUUCUUCGUAUGCUCCUAGUCGAAUGAAACCUAAACCUUCUAAUGCGCUCUUACCUAGAGGUUCACCAAAGGUUUUGAAACCUAGAAGUUCGAUCUCGAGUUCUUCUAUGACCCAUCGAUCACCUGCUCGAAAAGUCUUACAACCUCGAGCUUCGAUUCCUUCUAGACCUAGAAGUUCGAUAAUUACUAGUACUACAGAUCGGGUGACCAAAGAAAUUGGAAAUCUUAAAAUCGAACCCACUCGACCGAUGAUGGUAAAAAAACCUUCGUCGAGUUCUUCGAUCUCUUCAACCAGUUCAAACCACGGUAAAAAACCAAUGAUCAUGAGACCUUCGAUCUCCUCCACCGAUCUAAGUUCCUUACGUGGGAAACCCAGCUCGAUGACCAAACUGCCAAAUCCUUCAUCAAACGAACCGAGUGUUUCGAAACCUUUGGUAGGCUCAGGUAUGGAAAAGACAAAGAUCAGACCUACGUUUUCUUCAACCGAUUUGAAGAGUUUAAGGAAUCCUAACUUACCUGCUUCGAUGAUGAAGUAUCAGAAUGGUGGAGGGUUGUCAUUGGUUAGGUCUAUGAGAAGGUCUGGGGUUGGGGUUGGGGUUGGGAAGGGGUUGGUGGACGAGUUUGGGAUGACGGUGUGGUGGGUUAUGAAUCAAGUUGUGGGUAUCUUUAAAGAACUUUAUGUAUAGAUGAGAAAAGAAAAAGAGAUGGUGGUGGUGGUGGUGGUAGUUGAACAUAUAUUUAAAAAAAUAAAGUGGGUUUGAAAACAAUGAAUGAUUCAAAAAAUUUAUGGGUUGGUUGGUUUACUUUACUUUUUUUCUUGGUUUACUUUCCUUUUUUUUUGGUUUGCUUUAUUUUUUGUUUGGUUUACUUUCUUUUUUUGCUGGUUUGCUUCUUUUUUUGCUGGCUUGUGUUUUUUGACUUGUUUGCUUGCUUGUAAGAUUUUGAAUAUGAAUGAAGAUUUUUUUAUAG